AUGUUUUCCAUCGAUAAGCACCUCCCUCACUUCUCUGCACUGACAUGGACUGCCAUUUGGCGCUACACACUUGGCCGAUGUGCUUUGAUAUGGAAUUUCGCCUUGCGCAUCUUAGUUGGAGAACAUAAAGCACCGCCACUCGAUGUUGAGGCCCAGCAGCAGCAAUCCAAGACAGCAUGCAUAGAACGUCCUCCAUACCCACAGGAGCUUACUUAUAUCCCUAUCCCGGGACCAUGGCGACGCAAAGAGAAACCAAACUGGCCUGACUCGGUCUUCCAAAUUCCCACCGAAGUGCCCGAUGGCACCAUAUACUAUGUCACAAAAGGGAGAUGGAUUGGCCAAGGGGGCACAGCACAUAUUGAACUCCUUCCAUCGGGUGAUAUCGUCAAGUACCCCAAGUCAAACCCAUACUGCCGAAUAAACGAGCAAGAAAAUCGCGAUCGCAUCAUGUCCGAGGCCAAAGUCUACGAGCGGCUUCAAACUUCACUAUACGUCCCUAAGCUUAUAGACUGGGACCCGAGUUCGUGCUGUUUGACUUUAGAGUACUUGGAAAAUGGAAGUCUCGACACGUACGUUGGCAAACGUGUUGAAAAAGCUACUUGCGGUAACGAAGUGAUAAACCACAUUCCUAUCCAAGUUCGGCAACGGUGGGCGAUUCAGGCAGCCAGGGCAUUGGCAGAUGUCCACGCAGCUCAAGUGAUUCAUUGCGAUGUCACGCCACGCAAUUUCUUGUUAAAUGCAGACUUGGAUCUUCGCAUUUCCGACUUUGCUGGCUGCUCAAUUGCUGGGUCUCCGCCCCUUGUCGCGCCCGGGCCAAGAUAUCUACCACCAGGUUGGAGUUGGAAUCGAAAGGCAGUAGAAGCGGAUGAUAUCUUCGCACUAGGCUCGGUCUUGUACUUUAUUAUUGUUGGUAUAGAACCGUACGCAGACCUAGAGGAAGAAGAAGUGGAGGAGUUAUUCCAGGGAGCAAAGUUCCCGCAUGUGGACCAACUCUCAUGUGGAGGGAUUAUUCAGGAUUGCUGGCAUGGUACCCUUUCCUCCACAAAGCUGGUAGUGGACGCCUUGAACAGCCUAGAGUGGGAGGUUAACACUUGA